UGUGACAGAUAGUCAACUAGCUAGUCAAAGGAAAUAAAAUUAAACCGAUACUCCGGCAAGUUGAAAUUGCUAGUAUUUUCUAUCCGUAACGAGGCGUUUUAGGCUCAAUUCAUGUCUGUGAUGAUGUGUUGCUUGCGUAAUAAAUGAAAUGACUGCCAAACGUUUAGAAAGGAAGCUAAGUUGCACUAGCUAAAUAGCAAGCUAACAAGCUAAUUGUACCAAAACUGGGAUGCAGAGCUGAGAGACCAACGGCAUUAAUUCAGAGUAUGCUUUUACCUAUGCGUUUGUUAUGCUUUUACUCGUUUUGAAUAACUUCUACACCAUGGACACGCAAGGGAUUGUGAUUCGAAUAAAGACACCCAUGGGAGAUAUGGACUCUACAGUGGACUGCCCAUCACUUCUCAGCUUUAACGAUUUACUGGGUGCUAUAAAGGACGUCAUGCCUGAAGCCACAAUAACAGCAUUUGAAUAUGAGGAUGAGGUGGGUGAUAGAAUCACAGUUCGAAGUGAUGAAGAACUCAAAGCCAUGUUAUCAUAUUACUGCAGCACAGUGAUGGAGCAACGAAUGAAUGGACUACUACCAGAGCCACUCCAAAUUUUUCCUCGAGCCGGCAAGACCCCUGGGAUCCGCAACAUACAUGGCCUGAAGGUAAACACUCGGCCUGGAUCCACCAAUAGCCGAAGUCACUCUGCGUCAGAUAGUCUGUCCAACAACAGUUUAAAGAAGUCCUCAGCUGAGUUAAAGAAGAUCUUGACCAACGGACAGAUAAAUGAACAAGACAUCCAGUACCAGGAACAGCUUGGCCACGGGAACGGAGGAACUGUGUAUAAAGCAUUUCAUCUUGUGGGAAAGAGACAUUUAGCAGUGAAGGUUAUUCCUCUGGACAUCACGGUCGAACUGCAGAAACAAAUCAUGUCCGAACUGGAGAUCCUCUACAAGUGUGACUCUCCCUACAUCAUAACAUUUUACAGUGCUUUCUUUGUGGAGAACAGAAUAUCCAUAUGCACAGAGUUUAUGGAUGGGGGAUCUCUCGAUGUAUACAGAAAGAUUCCAGAACAUGUGCUGGGCAGAAUCGCCGUGGCUGUGGUGAAAGGUUUAACGUAUUUAUGGAGCUUGAAGAUUUUGCACAGAGACGUCAAGCCCUCCAACAUGCUGGUGAAUACGCGAGGACAAGUCAAACUCUGUGACUUUGGAGUCAGCACUCAAUUGGUAAACUCUAUUGCCAAAACAUAUGUUGGAACCAAUGCAUAUAUGGCUCCUGAGCGGAUAUCAGGGCAGCAGUAUGGCAUUCAUUCAGACGUCUGGAGCCUUGGCAUCUCUUUCAUGGAGUUGGCUCUGGGUACAUUUCCCUAUCCACAGAUUCAGAAAAACCAAGGCUCCUUAAUGCCUCUUCAGUUAUUGCAAUGCAUUGUUGAUGAGGAUCCUCCAGUGCUUCCUAUUGGUCAAUUCAGUGAAAAAUUUGUCCACUUCAUCACACAGUGUAUGAGGAGACAGCCCAAAGAACGCCCAGCUCCUAAUAACCUUAUGGACCAUUCUUUCAUCAUGCAGUACAACGAUGGUAAUGCAGAGGUGGUGUCCAUGUGGGUGUGUCGCUGCCUGGAGGACCGCAAAUCCCAGCAGGCUCAAGGGAUGAAUUAAGGAACUGUAGGAUACAGAGGUUUCAUGGGAAUUGAAGUCCAUUCUCCCUAUUGCUUUAAUCUGCCCUGAGCCCAAGAGUGCAGCUGAGCUAUGCUGGUGAAGAUCACCAGUGCUCAGUCCACUUUCACUCCAAUGCUGAGCUACUCAAAGCUGACAUGAAGACUGCUGAAGCUCUCAUAUGGACCUAUGGACCCUUAGCUGAAGCCAGAGGCCUUUUUUCAUUUGAAUGAUGGCGUGUUGAAUGUUUACCUCCUUCCAACCCAAACCUAUAGCUCUGAUUUUAUUAAUUUUCCUGUUAUUUUUCACUCAGAGUGCAUUAGUAAUGUUUUCAAAGGCCUUAAUGGAGACUGAGGUGGUUCUAAAUCAGUCAACACUUGAACUGAUAGUCUCGAGUGCUUUAAAAAGGAAAGUAUUGUCUGUUUUUAUUUUCAAUGGCAGGGAACAGCACAUUAAAGCUGUAUAAAGUAAGACAAUAAGGCUUUUGAUUACAGUGUAAGUGCUAUUUUCAGGGUUAACCCAAUAUGCCUGAUGUACUUGGCCAUGGGCAGCUCUCUGCGUUGGCGGUAGCAGAGGACAAAACUGUUUCUGUUCCUGUAGUUCUGAUUUAAACAUAACAUAGAGACAAGCUAUACACACAGUGCUAUACUUUACUCCUGGAAACAGAGUGAAAGCACAGUGCUAGUUGAACAAAAAGGUCCCUGCAUUACAGACACAUGAAUCAUGCAGAAAUUUCCCAAAGGACAUUGGUGUCUAUUUUCAAAGUGUUUGUGCAGUAUGAACCUUAACACAUAUUAUUUUGAUGGAAAGUGCCACGAUAAAAUAUGUC